UCGUGAUUAGGGUUUCCUCUGGUAAGUUAAAAACGUUGGUCGCCCUCUUCUGCAUAUCUUUGCCUCGCUGAGCAGCUGCAAAUCUUCACGACUUCAAGAUGCCGUCGCACAAGUCGUUUAUGAUCAAGAAAAAGUUGGGAAAGAAGAUGAGGCAAAACAGGCCUAUUCCUCACUGGAUUCGUCUCCGUACCGACAACACCAUCAGGUACAAUGCCAAGCGCAGGCACUGGCGUAGAACCAAGCUCGGAUUCUAAGUGAUAAGCCUUCUAAAAGAGUCUUCUUUAUCUGUUGGGUUUAGCAUUUCCUUAAGGUUUCUGGUUUUAAGUUAUGACAUUUUUUCUUUUCUGUAAGACUUAUCUCUUAUGAUUGAUGUUACCUAAUUUUCUUUAUAAGAGAGGUUAUUUCAUAGCAUUUGAUCGACUAUUUAAGUA